CACGCCGUUCGAGAAACUUCCGGAAACAGCCUCUCGGAAGUGACGUUGCGCGCUGACGGAGCUUCCUGUUUGCGGCGGCGAAGAGUUGCCGCAGUUGCCGUUGUCCGGCGCUGCUGGCGGGAGGGUGGUGGCAGCGCUUCGCAGGUACUGCGCGGGACUUGAAAGGCUCAGCUGUUGUUAAGAAGACGACUACUGAAACAUGGUGGAUUAUUAUGAAGUUCUGGGAGUGCAGAAGCAUGCCUCAGCAGAAGAUAUUAAAAAAGCAUACCGUAAAUUGGCACUAAAAUGGCACCCUGAUAAAAAUCCAGACAAUAAAGAAGAGGCAGAACGACAGUUUAAACAAGUAGCGGAGGCCUAUGAAGUUUUGUCAGAUGCUAGAAAACGUGAGCUCUAUGACAGAUAUGGAAAAGAAGGCUUAAUAAAUGGAGGCGGAGGUGGAAAUCAUCAUGAUAAUCCAUUUGAAUUUGGAUUUACAUUCCGUAGCCCAGAAGAUGUGUUCAGGGAGUUUUUUGGUGGAAGGGACCCCUUUACAUUUGAGUUCUUUGAAGACCCUUUUGAGGACUUCUUUGGUGGCAGGAGGGGUCCAAGGGGAAGCAGAAACAGAAGUGGUGGAUCGUUUUUCUCUGCCUUUAGUGGAUUCCCUGCUUUUGGAAGUGGCUUUCCUUCAUUUGACGCAGGUUUUACUUCAUUUGGUUCGCUGGGACAUGGAGGCCUUGCUUCAUUCUCCUCCACGUCAUUUGGUGGUGGUGGGCUGGCUAACUUCAAAUCAGUAUCAACUUCAACUAAAAUAGUUAAUGGCAGAAAAAUUACUACAAAGAGAAUUGUUGAGAAUGGACGAGAGAAAGUAGAAGUUGAAGAAGAUGGUCAGUUAAGGUCGCUAACAAUAAAUGGUGAGGCAGAUGAAGAAGCCUUUGCUGAGGAGUGCAGACGGAGAGGACAACAAGCCCUGCCUUUCCAGCCAACCAACCCUCGCCUGCUGAAGUCUCACAAGCCUGCCAGUUCCCCCAGAUAUGCCUAUCAUUAUAAUAGUGAUGAGGUGGAAGAACAAGAUAGAAGCCGAGUUACAAGCAGCUUGGAGACCCCUUUUUAUUUAUCAGGGUACAAAGAAGGCAGCAAGAGGAGGAAGCAGAAGCAGAGAGAGGACCAGAAGAAGAAGAAGUCAACCAAAGGGAGUUACUAAAAUGGACUUCUCUGCCAUGCCAAUACGGUUAUAAUAAUGACAACUUAAUGUUACGUUUGAGCACACCUCUUUUGUGUAUAUUUUUUGAUUGUUCACACUGCUAGCAAGAAAGUGACUCAUGUUUAAAACUGUACUAAAAUUGCACUAUGUUAUUCUUGUUAGUUUCACGGAGCGGCUUUCUUGCCAGUGGGGUUAGGGAUUUUGAACGGGGCUUAUCUUGGUUGGAAGCGUGAUAUGUUUGAAAAUUGGAAAUGUUACAGAAUUUCUUACCUCUUCCUUCCCUGGGACUAAGAUGACUCUAGUCUAGUGUUUGUCUUGUUAGGAUAUAAGGGGUUGUGUAAAUGCCUGUUUGUUUGGUUACUCUGCAUCAACAUCAGGCCUGUUGAAAGAAGAGUCCUAUUCACUCAUGUCAUUGGGAAUGGGAUGGAGACAUGAGCUCUUAUAGGGUGAUUUAUGCAAGCUUAGUAAGUUACUUUUACAGUGAUUAUUCCCCCCUCACCCCCCCCCCCCCCAGCUGGGCAGCAAAAGUUUGUCCCUAUUAAAAUGUUCCUUCAUUUUAAAUUGUACCAUGAGGUUCUAUUCUGAUUUUAAGAAAGCUAGUGUAAUGAUGGUCUCCUGUAACCACUCCUACUGAUUUCCUUAAACAUAGUUGACUCCCAAUGAAUCAUUUAGUGAAAUCAUUCCUUAGUCUAAGAGUUUAUUUUCAGAACCUAGAGACAAAUGACCUAAGUGCUACUUUAAAACUCUUUGUUUCUGCUGAGUAGGCUCUAGAUAACAAACAUUUUCAGCAUCCGUGUAAGAUUUUAUCAAGUUGUUUCUGCAAGGAACUCAUACCUUUAUGUAUGAAAGCAUUUUGCAUCACUUUUAUUGUAGAACUAAUUUCUUUUUAGCUUGAAAAGAUGUUUUAAUUUUGAAAGAAAUACGUAUUUUCUGGCAAGAUUACUUCCUUGCUUCCCAUACUUGUCUCAUGUGCAUGACACAUCGCUCCUUUUAACCUUUUAGUUUGUGCAGAGCCCUUCCGCUGCCUUAAGCAUCUACCUGCAUGUUUCUUGUCAGUAUGUUGCCUCCUUUUUUAACCUCCAGGUAGGAGUUAGCAGCUUAUGGUUCUGUUGUUUUGUUUCUUUUGUCUUCCCUUUGCCAAUAUGUUGAUGUAGCAGACUUAUAUUGAAAAUCCACAGUUCCUGCAGAAGCUCACUCAUCCUAACAUUUGAAAGGUGUUGGAAUGCACAUAAUAGCAUAAAGAAGAAACUAAACAGAAAAAUCAAGUCUGCAUUCUAGCAUGAUAUAACAAAUUCUGGUGUCUCUGGUAUCUGAAUAGUUUAGCUUCAAAUGCUUAUGUUACCCAAUGUAACCCUGUGCAAACAUAUAACCGUACAUGAACUCUUAGGGUAUUUAAAUUAUGGUUAAUAUGAACUAUGACUGAGUACUGAUUUUCUGUCACUUAAGUACCACUUUUUUGUUUUGUGCAGUGUUACUAAUAUUUAAAAAUAAAGAAAAUUCUCCUUUA